CCCCACCACUCCACCGCAGCACAGUCCGGGCUCACAGUCCAGAUCCGAGCCCCAAACUCCUCCCGCCUCACUACUCUCAGGGUCCUGCCUCCCAGCGCUCCCCCUCGGCCUCCCUCUUCCUCAGUUGGGCGCCCAGCCUGGCCCGGCGUCCUGACGGGUCACGAGGGCCGCGACCGCCCGCACUUGUCCCUGCCCUCUUGCCCCGAGGGCUCUCCGCGGCUGCGCCAGGCAGGAGCCGGCUGGGAUGCUCCUGCCCUCCUGGGCGGCCCCAAGCCCCCCCGACCUGCUCACCCGGGGAAGAAUACACACGAAGGAGCAGCUGGCACAUCCUGCGUCCUCCAAACUUGACCCAAGCAUGCAAGGCCUCCCUGCUGGGCCCAGCCUGGACGAUUUCAUUCCUGGCCACCUCCGAGCCCAUAUAGGCCCAUCCUCCCGGGGGACCAGGGUGCCCGUGAUCCGGAAUGGUGGUUCCAACACCCUUAAUUUCCAGUUCCAUGACCCUGCACCCAGGACUGUGUGCAAUGGCUAUGCUCCACCCAGGAGAGAUGGUUCCCAGCAUCCAGACCCAGCAUGGUAUCAGACCUGGCCAGGCCCUGGGAGCCGGCCCUCUGCGAGCCCGAAGCCACCUGCCUCCCAGCAUGCCCAGAACUGGUCAGCCACAUGGAGCAAGGACAGCAAGAGACGGGACAAGCGCUGGGUGAAGUACGAGGGAAUCGGGCCCGUGGAUGAGAGCGGCAUGCCCAUUGCCCCCCGAUCUAGUGUUGACAGCCCCAGAGACUGGUAUCGGAGAAUGUUCCAGCAAAUUCACCGGAAAAUGCCAGACCUGCAGCUGGACUGGACCUUGGAAGACCCACCCAAAGGGGUGUCCUCACGUGCCUCUUCUGCAGACCCAAGGCAUCUAGGGCCCCAGCAAAGACCUGCCUCCAGGCCUGGCACAGCAGUGACUUCUAACGGAAGACACUGGAACCACUCUGAAGAGACAUCUAGAAACACCUUUAACUAUAAUUUCAGACCAUCCUCUUCGGGGCUCCAACCCCCAAAUCAGGUGCCCAGACGUCGAGAGAAAGUGGAGAAUGUCUGGACAGAAGACUCUUGGAACCAGUUUCUGCAAGAAAUAGAAACUGGGCAUAAGCCCAAGAAACCACUAGUGGAUGACCCUGUUGAGAAACCUGCACAGCCCAUUGAGAAUCUUAUCCCCCAGGUCCUGCUAGAGAGAGAACUGGCCAAGCUGAGCGCAGAGCUGGACAAGGACCUGCGGGCCAUUGAGACCCGCCUGCCCUCCCCUAAGAACUCGCAGGCGCCACGACGGUCCCCUGAGCAGCCCGCCCCAGAGCAGCGGCCCUCGGCCCGCCCGGCCUCAGCCUGGAGGCCCAGCUCCCCGCAUGCACCUUACUUCGGUUCUUCCCGACCCCUGAGCCCCCACAGAAUGGCAGAUGGAGGAGGAAGCCCCUUCCUGGGACGUAGAGAUUUUGUCUACCCUUCCUCAGCCCGAGAGCCUAGUGCCUCUGAAAGGGGCAGCAGCCCUGCGCCGAGGAAGGAGGAGAAGAAGAGGAAGGCUGCCCGGCUCAAGUUUGACUUCCAGGCCCAGUCCCCCAAGGAGCUGACUCUGCAGAAGGGUGACAUUGUCUACAUCCACAAAGAAGUGGACAAGAACUGGCUGGAGGGAGAGCAUCAUGGCCGCCUGGGCAUCUUUCCAGCUAAUUAUGUGGAGGUGCUGCCUGCGGAUGAGAUCCCCAAGCCCAUCAAGCCGCCCACAUACCAGGUGCUGGAGUACGGAGACGCUGUGGCCCAGUAUACCUUCAAGGGAGAACUGGAGGUGGAGCUGUCCUUCCGAAAGGGGGAACGCAUCUGCCUGAUCCGCAAGGUGAAUGAACAUUGGUACGAGGGACGUAUCACCGGCACAGGACGCCAAGGCAUCUUCCCGGCCAGCUACGUGCAGAUAAACCGGGAGCCCCGGGUCCGAAUCUGCGAUGAUAGCCCCCAGCUCCCUACAUCACCUCACCUGACAGCCACUGCUCAUGUCGCCUGUCACCCCGGCUCCCCCUCAGUACAAGUGGACCCCACUGACUGGGGAGGCCGGACCUCCCCUCGCCGCUCUGGCUUCCCCUUCCCCAUCACCCUCCAGGAGUCCAGACCCCAAACCCAGAGUCUCAGCACUCCUGGAGCAGCCCUGUCCCAUCCACGAGGCACCAGCCGUCCCGUAGAUCUGGGGACCUCCUCCCCAAGCACCACAGCCAUACACUGGACUCCGUACCGAGCUAUGUACCAGUACAGGCCCCAGAAUGAGGAUGAGCUGGAACUUCGAGAGGGGGACCGAGUGGAUGUCAUGCAGCAAUGUGAUGAUGGCUGGUUUGUGGGUGUUUCCCGGAGAACUCAGAAAUUUGGGACAUUCCCUGGAAAUUAUGUAGCCCCGGUGUGAGUGGUCUCCAUGGCAAUUUGGAGCCAACGAGGAUGGGGUGGGGAGCAGUAGCACUAUGGGAGGGAGAGAGGCCCCCCACAUCCUCCUUCCCCCAGGACCUGUGCUCCCAGCAUCUGCAGAGACCCCAGCAACCUUCCCUCCAAGCCCCCUGGAAGUCCCCUGGACUGAUUCCCACCCGUGAACCACAGGCAUUCCUUUGACAGCUCCCCCUCACCACCCCUCAAAAUACAGACGUCUGCUCUGAUGUGGAGACUGUCUCCAGGCCUUAUUGAGACCAGACCCCCAGGCCCCCAUCCCCCCAGCGUUUCCCCUAAUGGGGACUGGCUCUCAUUCACCCCCAUGGGGUUCCUCUAAUAAGGACCAGCCUCCCACCCUGGUAGAGACCAAAGGACUCCUGCCAUUUCUCACCAGCUUGCUUGCCACCAUGUCACUUCUGGCCUCCAGAUGGGCCUCAGGCAAGGUGGGGAACACCUUGUCAGCCUUCAAGGCCCAGUGAGAGACCUUGCCUCAAGUCUUCCUCUUCCCAGAGGCUACUGAUCCCCUGAGGACCUCCACAUAUACUCUGAGCCCUCCGACUAAGGCCCACAGCUGCCCUAACCUAUCGAUCAGAAGACAGAUUUACAGGGAGACAUGCUUGCUGCCCUAAUCCCCAGGUCUUCCCAGUAUCUAGGUCCCCUCUGGAAGAGAAUGUACAAUAAAAAUGGAUACCAGGGACA